AUGAACCGACUUCCGCCAGAGCUUCUCAUCACAAUCUUCCAGACCUUUCGUAACGACCAAAACACUCUUUCUGCUCUAACCCUUACUUGCCGACGCAUACGUCUGUUUACCCUUCCUUUGCUCUAUCUUCGACCACGUUUUGCCUCUAUCUCCGCCUUUCACUCCUUCCUUUCCAUACCCGCCUCUUCCGGAGCGUUAGUGCGCGAGAUAGACUUAUCACACAUCAAAACUCGCUGGAGACACAUAACAGACAAUGAUAUCGGAAUGUUGGUAAUGUUAUGUCCCAACUUGAUCUCGCUGGAUAUCAAUGCCUGCUUGAUGUUGACCGAUUGGUCUCUAAGAAUGAUAGCAGAGAGAAUAGGGCACAAGUUACUACAGUUAAAUAUAACGCAUUGCAAAAGAUUUAGUCAGAGUGCUCUCGUCGAACUAGCAAGCGUGUGUGAAAAUUUGAAUAGUCUGGACUUUAGUUAUACAGAGAUUAGCGAAAGCGCUCUGGGGGAGAUCGAACAGACUUGUAAGAGUAUCAAAUGGUUAAAUUUGAAGUAUUGUGAAUGGGUCAUUGAGGGAUUUGUCGGUUUGGAGGGAGGAGGCAAGAAUCAGGUUUGA